GGCGGGGCGAGGCUCGGCAGUCCCGGCGCGCUGCCGCCGCGUGGAGCCGCGCUGCGUGUUCCCGAUCCCAUAUCCCAUAUCCCAUAUCCCUCAUCCCUCAUCCCCGAUCCCAUACCCCACAUCCCCGGUCCCGGCUGGCUCCGAGCCGCCCCGAGCCGUGCCCCCGCUGCGGGCCGGCGGCGCGGCGAUGGGCGCGGGGCUGUGAGCGCGGCCGGGAGCCGUGGCCAUGGGGAACAUCUCGUCCAACAUCUCCGCCUUCCAGUCCCUGCACAUCGUCAUGCUGGGCCUGGACUCGGCGGGCAAGACCACGGUGCUCUACCGCCUCAAGUUCAACGAGUUCGUCAACACCGUGCCCACCAUCGGCUUCAACACGGAGAAGAUCCGGCUCAGCAACGGGACGGCCAAGGGCAUCAGCUGCCACUUCUGGGACGUGGGCGGCCAGGAGAAGCUGCGCCCGCUCUGGAAGUCCUACAGCCGCUGCACCGAUGGCAUCAUCUACGUGGUGGACUCAGUGGACGUGGACCGGCUGGAGGAGGCCAAGACGGAGCUGCACAAGGUGACCAAGUUCGCCGAGAACCAGGGCACGCCGCUGCUGGUCAUCGCCAACAAGCAGGACCUGCCCAAGUCGCUGCCCGUGGCCGAGAUCGAGAAGCAGCUGGCCCUCCACGAGCUGACCCCUUCCACCACCUACCACAUCCAGCCCGCCUGCGCCAUCAUCGGCGAGGGGCUCACGGAGGGCAUGGACAAGCUCUACGAGAUGAUCCUCAAGCGCAGGAAGUCCCUCAAGCAGAAGAAGAAGCGGACAGACAAUAGUGGUGAUAACAAAGCGGCUCCCGCCAGCCGAGCCCAGAUCCCGGAGCUCCCCUCUCCCGUGCUCCUGAGGCUCUGAUCCGGACUCCCUUGGGCUGGAAACAUGGAAAACCGGGAUGGAUCCCCCCCGGGAUGAAUGAAUCCCCCCACUCUCUGCAUCUCCGGGACCGCCGCCGAGCCUUUGUGUGCCGGGGAGCCAGCAGGGCAGGACCCUGCUGGAGCGCGUUCGAGCGGAGCCCAGCGUGCUUCAGGAUCUCUAACGGGGGAUUUGGGGGCGUCGGUGCCAGCCCCCCCCCCCCCCCCCCGCAUUUUGGGGCGGGGGGUGAGGAUGAACUCGGCAAGGUCAGCGGGGAGGGGGCGUGCAGCCCUCAUCCCUGCAUCCCCGCGUCCCUGGAUCCAUCCCUGGGAAUGGAUCCCUGGAUUCCCCCCCUGGAUGGGGGCGUUGGACCAGCAGAAAAUGUCUUGGAGAGGGUGGGUGUGAUGGGUAAGGGGACACGCACCCACCCUGGUUGGUGUUUUAGGGUGCAGAGCAAGGACGGGCAGCCUUUGGCUUGGCGGGGAGGAUGCGACACUGGGGUGCCGAGCGGCUGCUGAAUGGUGCAGAGCGCUUUUGGCUCAAAAAAAAAAAAAAAAAAAAGGGUGGAAAAAGGACCCGAGGGUUUGGGGUGAGCGCUGCUGGGAGCCUUUUGGGGGGGGGGGCUUUGCAGGACCCCCGUUUCUCAGAGGCUCGGCGCUGUCGCCUUCUGCAGCAGAGCCCCCGCAGGUGGGCAUUGUCCAAGUGCUCAGGUGCGGCUUUGGAGGUGAUCCAAACCAAGGGUUACUUAGCAAAACCCCCCCAAAAAAAGGCAAAAAUCGGGGUUCUGCCCGCUGUGCUGCUCUGCAGUGGGGCGGGAGGCCAAGUCAGGGAGGGUCAUGGCAGGGCAGGAUGGAUGGAUGGACGGACAGACAGACAGAGCCUGCAAAAAAUCUCUCUCUGCUGGAAAGGGAAGAUGGCAGGGGGGUGUGGAGGCAUGGGGAGGG